CAUCAUGUCCCGAAUUGGCCAACACGGCAUGACGACACAUCCGGUCGCGAGAGAGCGAUCACGCGAAAGAACGACGUUCCAGGUCGGUCGUGUGGCGCGAGUGCUUACGGCCGCGACCGAUAUCUCCCACUCGCACGUCGUCCCGUCAGAAAACACGCUCGGCUUGUUUAUACAUGAUGAACGAGGAGGCUCCGUACGUGGCCGCCGUCCAUAUCGAUUGGAACGUGCACUCGUAUGUAUACACUCGACGCAAUCUAUAUAUGCUUCACGUCUGAAGUCACUUCCGGAGUCCGGAGUCCGGAGUUCCGGAUCUCUGUGUGUGCGGUGUGUGCUAAAGGUUAAUAAGGGCCGGUCUACAAUUGGCGCCUUGAGCAGACACAACUACUGUUGCACAACUUUUAUCACUGAAAUAUAUAAACUGGAACGAGCGCUGGGCCUGCCUAUGGGAUAUGAGAGAGAGCAUGUCAAGGUGUCUCGAGCAGCGCUCUAUCCUUAUCUGGUCUUCUUGAUCGGCCUGUACUUUAUCUCCACUCCAUCCUCCCUACUCUUAACUACGCUGUAGGCUGGACAAGGAGAAGAGAGGAACUUGGAACUUCUCUCUCAUAUCGCUCACUUACCCGCGUCUACCUUGGAUUUAUAUAGCAGCACUCAUUCCAGUUAGAGAUUCUAAUGUAAUGUUCCUGCACACGGAACGCGGUAAUGGCUUUUGAACCGGCUAUGUAAUGCAGGAGUAACACGUAAUAAAACUCAAAUAUAUUUGACAA